GGCUGGUUUCCGCGGCCGGAUGCGUCACUCGCGUGCAGAAUCUCACCGGGAGCUAUGGGUCGGAGACGUGCUGUCGGCGGGGAGCCGCGGCGACGCCAGCCACGCGGAGGGAAGGCUGAAGACCGGAACCCGGCCCGGCGUGAGGAGGAGGAGGAGGCAGAUGUCCUUGAAGAUGAGAAACCCCCAAAGAAGACCCUUCUUUCCAAAGUUUCACAAGGAAAGAAAAGGAAAGGCUGCAGUGAUCCUGGGGGCCCAGCUGAUGAUGGUCCAGCAAAGAAGAAAGUGGCCAAGGCGACUGCUAAAUCCAGACGACUCAAGGUUAUAAAGGAUGAAGCCCUCAGUGAUGGGGAAGAUUUCAGGAACUUCCCAGGUGCCCACAAGAAGGCAAAACAUCAAAAGAAAGAGGCUCCCAUUGACGAAGAUAGCAGUGAAGGAGAAGUUGAGGACGAAAGUGAAGAGGAUUGGGAAGAGGUAGAAGAACUUAGUGAACCUGUGCCAGGUGAUGCAGGAGAAAAUGCAGCCUUCUCUAAAUCUGUUCUGCCUGUGAAUCCCGUGGAGAUAGAGAUUGAAACACCGGAGCAGGCUAAAACAAGAGAAAGAAGUGAAAAGGCGAAAAUGGAGUUUGAGACAUAUCUUCGGAGGGUGAUGAAACGCUUCACUAAAGAAGUUCAUGAGGACACACACAAGGUUCACCUUCUGUGCCUGCUUGCAAACGGCUUCUAUCGAAAUCGCAUCUGUAACCAGCCAGAUCUGCGUGCUAUCGGCCUCUCCAUCAUCCCAACCCGCUUUACCAAAGUGCCGCAGAGAGAUGUGGAUGUCCAUUACCUCUCCAACCUGGUGAAAUGGUUUAUUGGAACAUUUACAGUUAACACAGACCUUUCAUACAGUGAGCAAGAUGGUCUGCAGACUACAUUGGAAAGGAGAUUUGCUAUUUACUCUGCACGAGAUGAUGAAGAAUUGGUCCACAUAUUUUUACUGAUUCUCCGGGCCCUGCAUCUCCUCACCCGACUCGUGGUAUCUCUACAGCCAAUUCCUCUGAAGUUAGCAGCAGCCAAGGGAAAGAAACCUUCGAAGGAGAGAUCCAUAGAGGGUCCUGGAGGCGCCUCAGAAACUCCCAGCCACAUUCCAGAAAACCAGACCAAGCCAAAGGCCAGAAAAGGAACUAAACAAGAAGAAACCUUUUCUAAGGACACUGGCAAUCCAAGUGCCAAAGGGAAGAGAGGCAAGGCAGCCACAGGCAGGAAGAAACAGAGAGCGCCGUCCUCCAGUGAGGAAGAGGGCAAGGGAGGAGAGCAGGAGGAGACCCAGAGAAAGCGGCAUGGGCGGGGGCGGCGCAUGGCCUCCCGAGUGUCUUAUAAAGAGGAGAGUGGGAGUGAUAAGGCCAGCAGUGACUCUGACUUUGAGCUCUCUGGUGGGGAAGCCCAUUCAUCUGAUGAGGAUUCUGACCCCGACCUUCUGAGGCAGAGGCGGGCUCCAGCUCCUAAGAGGACAAAGGCGGCGUCCAAGAGCGACUCCCGGACCUCGCGUGGAAGCUGCCCUAAUCCCUCAGGCUUUCCAGCAGCAUCCUCAAGCUCUUCGAGCAAAAAGAGAGCCAAGAAAGUUCCCCAUGGUGGUGAGGAGGUAGAAAGAGAGAAAGCAGCUGGUGUUGACCAGUGGCUAGAGGUGUUCUGUGAGCAGAAGGAAGAGUGGGUGUGUGUAGACUGUGUGCACGGUGUGGUGGGCCAGCCUUUGACCUGUUACAGAUACGCCACCAAGCCCAUGACCUAUGUUGUGGGCAUUGACAAUGAUGGUUGGGUGCGGGACGUCACACAGAGGUACGACCCGGCCUGGAUGACGGUGACCCGCAAGUGCCGGGUUGAUGCCAAGUGGUGGGCUGAAACCUUGAGGCCAUACCAGAGCCCAUUUGUGGAUAGAGAAAAGAAAGAAGAUUUGGAGUUUCAGACCAAACACCUGGACCAGCCUUUGCCCACUGCCAUCGGCACAUAUAAGAACCACCCUCUUUAUGCCCUGAAGAGGCAUCUCCUGAAAUACCAGGCCAUCUACCCUGAGACAGCUGCAGUCCUCGGAUACUGUCGUGGAGAAGCUGUCUACUCCAGGGACUGUGUGCACACCCUGCACUCCAAGGACACAUGGCUGAAACAGGCGAGAGUGGUGAGGCUGGGAGAAGUACCCUACAAGAUGGUGAAAGGCUAUUCCAACCGGGCCCGGAAAGCCCGUCUGGCUGAGCCCCAGCUGCAGGAUUACAAUGACCUGGCCCUGUUUGGCCGCUGGCAGACAGAGGAGUACCAGCCCCCAGUGGCUGUGGACGGAAAGGUGCCUCGGAAUGAGUUUGGGAAUGUUUACCUCUUCCUGCCCAGCAUGAUGCCUGUCGGCUGUGUCCAGCUGAACCUGCCCAACCUGCACCGCGUGGCCCGCAAGCUGGACAUUGACUGUGUGCAGGCCAUCACGGGCUUCGACUUCCACGGAGGCUAUUCCCACCCCGUAACUGACGGGUACAUCGUCUGCGAGGAAUACAAAGAAGUGCUCCUGGACGCCUGGGAAAAGGAACAGGCACUCAUAGAAAAGAAGGAGAAAGAGAAAAAGGAGAAACGGGCUCUAGGGAACUGGAAGCUGCUGGCCAAAGGACUGCUUAUCAGAGAGAGGCUGAAGCUUCGCUAUGGGGCCAAGAGUGAGGCAGUAGCUCUCCACACAGAUGCAGGAGGAGGCGGGCUUUCUUCUGAUGAAGAGGAGGGGACCAGCUCCCAAGCAGAAGCAGCCAGGAUCUUGGCUGCCUCUUGGCCCCAGAACCGAGAAACUGAAGACCAGAAGCAGAAGUGCUCUAAGAAGACCAGAAGGGGAAAGAAAGAGGCAGCUUCUCAUCUGUUUCCAUUUGAGAAGCUGUGAUGCUAGAGUUUACCUUCUCAUGUGUUCCACCACUGCAGGCCUCAGCCUGCCCUUGGGGGGUGCCCAGGCACCUCAGAGCAGUGGCUUUUCUGCUGAGAAGGAAGCAGAAGCAGCAUGCACUACAGACACUGGCCGGAGGACAGAAGGGUCACACUGAAGUCACGCUGCAGUUUGGUCUGGCCCCGGUCUUCUUGGAUUCACCCAGGAUAGGACUUUGAAAGCUUUUUGCUACCAAGCCCUAGCCUUUGAGCUAUGAGAAACUUCUCCAGGAGAUACUCUCCUGCCACCUCAGCCUUAUUCUUCCCAUCUUUGGAAAUAUGGGUCAGCUCUUUUAUAGACACCACUGGGGACUUGAGAUGAUGGUCACUGAGGAACACAGUGGUCCUUUCUUCCAGUUAAAUCCUUCAACUGUCAGUGUGCUCAUGCCUCUCUUUCAGACUUUCUCUGAAGACCACUUAUUUCUCCCCUGAAUCAGGUUCACUAAUACUGCCUAAUGCUGCCUCUUGUCACAUGAGAGAGCGCAGAGGAGUGCAGACCAUCUCGGGUUGUGAUGGUGGUGGGACCUACUUUUCGAAGUUACACUUUGUGGCUGCAGAAGACUAGAACUAAGAGCUAAAAUCAGGAAAGAAUAACUAAUUGAGAAUCAAAGAAAUGUUAAUAAAAGUAGACCAAUGUUAAACUAGAUGUAAUUCAUUCCUGGAUAAAUUUACAAAGCUAUAUGCCAGUGUAGAUACUCAGAGAAACAAGUUUUAUAAUAUUUUGAGAAAAAAAUAAAGCAUUUAUCUAAAAAGACUCAACUCUACAUUUUCUUUGAGAUUUUGUCAGUUAAGAACACCCAAAUAACGUAACAAUUUGUACACAUGUUGAGACUACAUUAGAAAUCAGAUAGUGAUUUCCUAUAGGCUCAUCAUUACAUAGAUGGAAUUUUUUUUUUUCUGUUGAAAACAGAAGAUACUACUUAAUCUUUGACGGGAGCCACUAAAAAUCUGAGGAAGUUUUAUCCCAGGGAAACAAAACCUUUGGGGUGUGACUCAUGCAGCAAGAGCCUGGCUGGAACACUCUUGUUGAGAAACACACUGGUGUUGCUAUGGAAACUGGAGUCUCACACUUCCUGUACCAAUACCCAUGCUCUCCUAGAGGUGAGCCGACUUGUUUUCUGGUGCUUUGAGUCAAGGGUAUAGUCCUGUGUCUGGAGAAGUAGUUCAUUCAAGCAGAUGCCAGCUACUAGGAGGUAUUCUGGAAAUGCAAUAAAACAUUAGGUUUUGAGAAAUAUAAAAGUGGGUUUGGGAAAGUUAUCUCACCUGUUUCAAUUUUAACAAAAAUAAGUUCUCAAAUUGCUAGCUUCAGGGUGGACAAUGAGGCAUUUCAUGGGCUUUAUCUGAGACAGAAGGACAUUGUCCCAAUUUUAGAUGAGGAAACGGGCUUGGUGGUCAUUUGCCCAAUGUCACACAUCCAAUCAGUGGCAGACUUGGGACCUGGACUCAGGUCUUUGUGUUGACCCAAAGCCCAUGAUGCCCUUUGUACUGUUUCAUACUGCUGCCCCAUUCCGUGUCUUCUGGCACAUUCUGAAGAUGAGUGAAGUAUGAGUCACUGACUAAAUCAAGCCAAAGCUAAGUAGGCGUUGGCAUGUAAGGCUUCUAAGUGCUAGAAAUAUUGAGUUGCCCUUUUUUAAAAAAAAAAAAGUUGAAGAACAAUGGCCACUAGC